AUGCGUCUUCUCAUCAUUUUGGUUGUUCUUACAACUGUGUUUUGCUAUAAUGUUCCGCCAACUGGCGUCAGGAGCGUCUCUGAGGUUUUUCCGUAGGUUUUGAUGGUUAAAAAAAUGACCUUCAGUUGGAUAACAUGAUACGACAGUGCUUUCAAACGUUGUGCAAAGAGUGGAUGGCCGAAUGUCACUGGUACUGCGAUUCGAUAAAAGGAGCGGUAGUGAAAAAUAAAGUUAAUCAACUUUUUGUUUACGUGUUUGCAGAGUUUCCUGAGAAGGUGCAAGGAUUGUUUGAGUUGGAGAGGGGAGCAGUGCAUGGAUUGCUUCGACCUCUGA